AAAUAGCUAGAUCCUAACCAGACAGCACUGUGCCCCAAGGGAACUAGCGAGCGGGGUAAAGAGCAAACAACAUAUAGAAAUUGGAGCGCACCCCAAGUUGAGGCCACGAUCGACGGAUCGACAGCAGUUUUAAGUCCAAGCUUGUCCGACACAGACAUGAAUCCAAUUCCACGAAGCAUCCUCCUCUUGAUCCUCGGCAUUUGCAUGGCCCAGGCCUUGCCCAUGACCAACGAUGACCAGGAACUAACGGCUUUGGAAUCCGUUGAAGAAUCGCUGCCACUGAACCGCCGUUCCGAAUCGGAAUUUGUCAGCAGAAUUGCGCCCAGGCAUCAGGAGAAUCCGGAGGAAGAACAGCAGUUUGAUACACUGGUGCGGGAGUUGCAGGCCGCCGGAGUUCAUACAGCCGAUCGCCGGGCUUUGCGUACGCUCACCUACAAGGAACUGGUCCGACUCCUGGCACUCUAUCAACUCGCCCAGGGUCGCAACUACUACGAUGCAGUUGAUCAGAAGGAGGCCAGUGCCUAUUGAUAUUAAUGUCCAAGUAUUUUUUUAUUCGAUUCAUUUGAUGGCGAUCAUGAUGAUGAGUAAGCUCAUUUAUUGCGGCGGAAUGUUAAAGCCAAAGUUCACUUAAUAAAAAUGUGCCAAAAAAUAA